UCGCACUUAAUUUGCCGCACACUAACAAGUUCUGGGGUUUGUCUCUUUAGGAAUUUAAUGACAUUAUUUUUUUUAUAUGAAUCCCCAGUCACUCUUUGCCUUUCACUGUGUAUGUGAGUGUGUGAGUGUGUGACAGACCGAGGGAGAGUGUGUGUCUGAACGAAAGCUAUACCUCUAUCAGUGUAGAAUAGCCUGCUGCUAGCGCUAGCCACUUACUGCAAUGGCCUCCGAUAGCGAUAGCAACAUGGAUAGAGAAAUGAUUCUGGCUGACUUUCAGGCUUGCACUGGUAUUGACAACAUUGCAGAGGCAAUCACCCUUUUAGAGCUUAACAACUGGGAUUUAGUGGCAGCCAUCAAUGGAGUUAUACCACAAGAAAACGGAAUCAUGCAAAGCCCGGCAGCGGCGACGGCGCCCAGUCCGGCCGCCCCUCCGUCGUCCUCGUCCGCGUCGUCCUCGCCCCCAUCCUCCUCCUCGGCCUUCUGUCCCGUCGCGCCCACGCGGCACAUCGUGGAGCGCCAGCCUCGCAUGCUGAACUUCCGAGUGGACUACAGACAGCGUUCGGUGGAGGUGGUACUGGAGGAAGGCAGCGCAGUGGGUGAAAUCAAACAGAUCCUGGAGAACGAACUCCAGGUGCCCGUCUCCAAAAUGCAGUUAAAGGGCUGGAAAAGCAGUGAUGUAACUGACAGCACGAUUCUGCGGAGUUUACACUUGCCUAAAAACAACAGCCUGUAUGUACUUACACCAGACAUCCCUCCCACUGCCAGCAGCAGCCAGGCCAGCAGCACCCUGCAAGAGUCAUUAAAUCAGAACUUCCUGCUCGUCAUCAGCCACCGUGAAGCCCAAAGAGACUACAACCUCAACUUCCCUGGCAGCAAAACCAUUCAGGAGGUCAAGAGAAAUGUCUCAGAUCUGACAAACAUCCCAGUGCGACAUCAGCAGUGGGACGGCUGGCCUGCCUCCGCCUCAGACGACUCGAUGACUCUGGCGUCCUGUGGGAUCAGUUACCCCUGCCAUCACCUCAGCGUGUGCCGAAGAUCCUCCCCCGCCAACCCCCAGGAGCAGACCGAGGAGUGUACAGAUGUCCAUAUGAUAAGCGACAGUGAAGGCGAUGACUUUGAAGAUGCGUCAGAAUUUGGGGUUGACGAAUCUGAAAUAUUCGGAAUGGGAAGUUCGUCAGGUUGUCGAAAGUCCCCAAUGAUGCCAGAUAAUAGUGAAAAUGAGGGUGAUGCCUUAUUGCACUUUACUGCUGAAUUCUCAACAAGAUAUGGAGACUGCCAUCCGGUCUUUUUCAUUGGCUCCUUGGAGGCGGCGUCUCAAGAGGCCUUCUACGGCAAAGCGAGAGAUAGAAAGCUCCUGGCGAUCUACCUCCACAACGACGAGAGCGUUCUCAGCAACGUCUUCUGCUCCCAGAUGAUGUGCGCCGAGUCCAUAGUCUCCUAUCUGAGCCAAAACUUCAUUACGUGGGCCUGGGACGUCACUAAAGAAGCUAACAAAGCCAGACUACUCACAAUGUGCACAAGGCACUUUGGCAGUGUGGUUGCACAGACCAUUCGGACGUACAAGACCGAUCAGUUUCCCCUCUUACUAAUCGUCAUGGGAAAACGGACGUCAAAUGAAGUUUUAAAUGUCAUUCAAGGCAACACGACAGUGGAUGAGUUAAUGAUGAGACUAAUGGGGGCAAUGGAAAUCUUCACAGCUCAACAGCAAGAGGACAUCAAAGAUGAGGAUGAACGUGAAGCCAGAGAAAUGGUGAAGAGGGAACAGGACGAGGCCUACCGCUUGUCUUUAGAGGCCGACCGUAAAAAGAGAGAGGCCCAGGAGCGGGAAGAGGCUGAGCAGGUUCGUCUGGAGCAGAUGAGAAAAGAGCAGGAGGAAGAGAGAGAGGCUAUCCGUCUUUCGCUGGAACAGGCCCUGCCUCCAGAACCCAGCGAGGAAGAGGGAGAAAAAAUCAGCAAACUGCGGAUCCGGACGCCCAGCGGGGAGUUCCUGGAGCGCCGCUUCCUGGGCAGCUGCAAACUGCAGGUUCUCUUCGACUUCGUGGCCUCCAAAGGCUACCCGUCGGACGAGUACAAGCUGCUUACCACUUUCCCCCGCAGAAACAUAACCCAGCUAGACCCGUCAUGGACUCUACAGGAGGCCAAGUUGUUUCCUCAGGAGACUCUCUUCCUGGAAGCUAAGGAAUAAGACUGACUGUGUGCCAGAAGCCCUCGAACCCUAAGCAUGGUGUACACAGAGACUGCACACUCACACAUACACACGUACAUACACACACAUACACACACACGCACACACACACAUUCACACUGUGCAUUGUACAUGAAUAUUGAGUGUACGUUGUUUGCACUCUUAAGCUCUCAUAAGCACACAGCGUAACACACAUAAACUUCUCACGAGAUUUUGCGGUGUCAUGG